AUGGGGGAUGGCCCACCUGGUCCAAAAGGUGACAAGGGUGAUCAAGGUGACCAGGGACCGCGGGGACUUCCUGGUCUACCCACCCUGGCUGCAUUACACAGCAAUCAAAUCCUGACUGUGAAGGGUGACCAGGGUCAAGCGGGGCCCCCAGGACCUCCUGGGCCUCCAGGCCCUCCUGGCCCGAGGGGACCCCCAGGAGACACAGGCAAAGAUGGUCCUCGGGGAGUCCCAGGGCUCCAAGGAGACCCUGGAAAUCCAGGGGAGAUUGGUCAAAUGGGACCUGAGGGCCCUCCAGGAGCAAAGGGUUCCAUUGGACCAUCUGGUAUUCCAGGUAUUGAUGGAAUAAAGGUAAGAUAA